AUGACGAAAUUCACGUUCAAAGACAGCAAAAACAUCAUGCUGAGCGGAAAGUGGACCAAUGUACUUCUAGAAGUGCUGGUAUUUUACGUGCGUCAUGGUGAACGGUAUCCUUUGUUCCCAUUAGUGCGUAAGCGUAAGUUGGCAAACAAAAGCUGGAGGAGCCCGUCAGCAAGAGGUAACAAAAGAGUUAAUGAAAAAGCCGAUGCAUCAACAUUAAGGACUAAUGAACAGUUGUCCAUCGAGGUGUUUGCCAGUAGCUACCCAAAUUUAGUGCGAUCAAAACAUCAGAGCUUGCAACCGUCACGAGCGAAGACUGACAGUGACGAUGCUGAAAAGUUAGGUUUGUGUCGGCGUGAUGAUAGUGAUUCUUACAUUAUCAGCAUUGAUUACCAGCAUUUUGCCGGUGCAAUGGUGUGCGGUUUGACUGCAAUUGAUACGCCGUCUACAACAAAGAUGGAAAAGGUGACGUCUACUCAGUACGUAAGGAUCAGCAGUGUGUGA